AUGGCAGCUCUCCUUCUCUUGUCCUUGCUCCUGCUGCUGUCCUCUACUCCUCUUCAAGCUCAGCAGAACAUCACCUUGAACUCCUCCUUGACGACCCAAGGGCCUAGCACCUCUUGGCUCUCUCCAUCGGGCGACUUCGCGUUCGGCUUCUGGCCCAACGAGGGUAACACCUCUUUCUACCUGCUCGCCAUCUGGUUCAACAAGAUCGGCGACCAGACAGUGGCUUGGUAUGCCAAGACCACUGAUCUGGAUCCAACACCGGUGCAAGUUUCAUCCGGUUCACGCCUCCAGCUCAACUCCAAUGGGGCGCUCUCGCUCCAGGACUCCACCGGCACAGAGGUAUGGAAUCCCCAAAUUGUGGGUGCAUCCUAUGCUGCCAUGCUCGAUUCUGGAAACUUUGUACUUGUUGCUUCAGAUGGCUCUACCAAAUGGGAGAGCUUCAAAAACCCUACAGAUACCAUCCUGCCCACUCAGGUGCUCACCUCUGGAAUGAGCCUCCGCAGUCGGAUCAUCCCCACAGACUACUCCAAUGGCCGGUUCUUCCUUGACCUGAAAAGUACUGGUGUGUCUCUUUAUACUGUUGCUGUGCCCUCCGGUAACAAAUAUGAUCCAUAUUGGUUCAUGGAUGUCAACACCACAAAUCUGGUAUUCAAUGCGACUGGCGUGAUAUAUAUCGGCAACCAAAGUGAAAUCACAUCUUGGGUGAUCAGCUCCAUAGCAAACUACUACCUUCGUGCCACACUUGACCCAGAUGGCGUUUUCCGACAAUAUAUGUACCCAAAGAAGACCAGCAACCAGAGUAAUCAGACAUGGUCAGUAGUAGAUUUCAAGCCCCCAAAUAUCUGUGAGGCACAGACCGCACAGCCGACAAAAGUUGGAAGCGGUAUUUGCGGUUUUAACAGUUAUUGCAUAUGGAACGGUGCAAACAACCAGAGUACCUGCGUGUGCCCAGAGCAGUACUCAUUUAUUGAUGACGAGAGGAAGUAUAAAGGCUGCAAACCAGACUUCGAGCCACAAAGUUGCGACUUGGAUGAAGCAGCGGUCAUGAUGCAGUUUAAGUUGACACCGAUGAGCCGUGUUGAUUGGCCAUUCUCUGACUAUGAGCAGUAUAGCCCCAUAACUAAGGAUCAGUGUCAGAAACUCUGUCUGACAGAUUGUUUCUGUGCCCUUGCUGUGUUUCAUGUUGAAGACAAUACAUGUUGGAAGAAGAAGAUGCCUUUGUCAAACGGCAAUAUGGGGGAUGAUGUGCAGAGGACAGUCUACAUCAAGGUACGAAAGGACAACGGUACACAGUCUGAGAUUGUUGCUUCCAACAAAUGGAAGAAAGACAAGAAGAAUUGGAUCAUUGGAAGUUCAUUGUUUUUGGGAAGCUCUGUCUUGGUGAACAUUCUGCUGAUUUCUAUUAUACUCUUUGGUACUUACUGUACUAUCACCAUAAAGGAAGUCCCGUCUAUGCAGUCGAACAAUAUAGGAUUGCCCUUGAAAGCCUUCACUUAUGCUGAGCUUGAGAAGGCAACAAGUGGAUUCCAGAAAGUGAUUGGCACUGGUGCCUCUGGUAUUGUGUACAAGGGCCAGCUACAAGAUGAUCUCAGUACCCACAUUGCUGUCAAAAAAAUUGACAAGCUUGAGCAUGAAACAGAGAAGGAGUUCACAAGUGAAGUCCAAACUAUUGGUCGGACGCACCACAAGAACUUGGUCAGGUUGCUAGGAUUCUGCAAUGAAGGAAAAGAAAGACUAUUAGUGUAUGAAUUCAUGACCAAUGGAUCACUCAACACAUUCUUAUUUGGUGAUACCAAGCUUCAGUGGAAUAUUCGAGCUCAGCUUGCUCUCGGGGUAGCAAGGGGGCUGCUAUACUUACAUGAGGAAUGCAGCACACAGAUUAUCCAUUGUGACAUAAAGCCCCAGAACAUCCUUCUCGAUGGCGACUUCACAGCAAAGAUCUCAGACUUCGGCUUAGCCAAACUGCUCCGAACCAACCAGACACAAACAAAUACAGGUAUUCGGGGUACCCGAGGAUAUGUUGCCCCUGAGUGGUUUAAAAACAUUGGUAUCACUGCCAAGGUGGAUGUUUACAGCUUUGGGGUCAUCCUGUUGGAGCUUGUCUGUUGUCGGCGGAAUGUCGAAUUGGAGGCUGCAGAGGAGGAUCAAAAAAUACUGACUGACUGGGCAAAUGACUGUUAUAGGUGUGGCAGAAUUGAUUUUCUGGUGGAGGGUGAUAACGAAGCAAUUUCUGACUUGAAGAACGUGGAAAGGUUUGUUGCAGUGGCAUUGUGGUGUCUUCAGGAGGACCCAACUAUGAGACCUACAAUGCUGAAGGUGACACAAAUGCUUGAUGAAGCAGCUGCAGUCCCGAGCCCUCCUGAUCCUACUUCAUUUGUCAGUACACUUCCAUAG